ACGUGCAAAAGCAAGUAAAACAAACAAUGGCUAAUAGGCAAGAAAGUGGAAGAAAGGCGGUGGUUCGCUGAAGAUUGCGAGCAUUGACGAUAUCGCGGUGUAUCGUGUCAUGUCAGGACGACGUGAGUGAAUCUGUUAACUGGGGAAGCUGCAGCCAUGGCGGACACCAAGAUGUGGAAGGGACACAUCGUCCAUCAGCUGAAACACCGAGACCAGCAGCAGCACCACAUGUUCCGGGAACUCAUCGGCUUCUACUCUCGACUGCUGGAGAAAACCAGUCUGACCAACUUGUUCCUCAGCUGCUCCGCCAGAGUGCCUGACAGUGACGGCAGACACUCACUGUCAUGUCUUCUCCUAGAGAAGAAAGAGCUGAAGAAGACCACCGGAGAGUUAGCUUAUCAAGUGGUGAAGCUGCAACAGCAGAUGAAAAUCAAAGAGAAGCUGCUGGAGGAUCAGUGUGACAGGCUGCUGCAAGAGGAGUGCUGGCUGGCGGGAGCGCUUGAUGUCCGUCAACAGCUGCGGGUGCGGGUGGAGCGGGUUCAGGAGGAGAACCGACUUCUGAAGAAGAAGUACGACGGCCUGAUGGAGCAUCAGAGGUGGGCAGAGUCGCAUCUUCGGGAGGAGAAGGUCAGAGGGAGUCGCCUGCUGGAGGACAUGAUCCACCCGAAACAACAGGCCGCCGCCCGCAUGAACCACCGCAACGAGAGGCGCUCCAGCUCGUUCAGCCUUUCAAACCUGAGGUGUUCGUCGCUCCAAGAAACCUUGCCAGAAAAAAGUCAAGGUCGCCUCUUGAGGUCAGCUUCGGCAAGCUCACCGAGUACACUGUCGACCAUCAGAGAGCUGUUUGAGAAGAAGCGGGGCCAGAGCAUCUGUGGUUUGGAGGAGGACCUGUUGUGUCCUGUCGGAGUUUCUAUGCUAGCCAGAGUUCCGGUCCGCGCUCUGCAGGUCCUGGACGCACACGAGCAGGGAAUCAACGCAACCAGCUUCUGCUCCAGCUCCGCCCUGCUGGCCAGCGGAGGAACUGACAGGGUGGUCAAACUGUGGCACGUCAGAGCAGGUGCCCUGAGACACAGCGCCACCCUGGAUGGGAGCACAGAGGGCAUCACCUGCGUGGAGUUUGAUCCUACCGGUCACAGAAUUCUGGCGGGGUCGUACGACAAGUCGGCAUUGUUGUGGCGUUUGGAUGACCCCGUCCCCAAGCUGACUCUCACAGGGCACAACAGGAAGGUGACCGCGGCAAGGUUCAGUCUUCAGCAGGUCGUCACAGGAAGUGCAGACCGCACCAUCAGACUGUGGGACCUUCAAAGAGCCGCCUCGACGUGGUCUGCUCGGAAAACCUCACCAUCAGUGGACAUUUUGACCACAAGAUACGAUUCUGGGACACCAGGCUGGCCAGCUGUGUUCAUGAGCUGGAAGCUCAGGGCAAAGUCACGUCAUUGGACCUCAGCGCCGACCGCCGCCAGCUGCUCAGCUGCUGUCGCGACGACGGCCUCCAACUGCUCGACGUCCGCAGGUGGAGCAGCCAGAGCGCCGCCUUCAGAGCCGAGGGCUUCAAAUGUGGAAGUGACAGCACCAAAGUGGCCAUCAGCCCAGAUGCUGGCUUUGUGGCGGCGGGAUCAGCAGAUGGCGCCGUCUACGUUUGGAACGUCUCCAGUGGCAACCUGGAGACACGUCUAGAGGACAAACACAGGUCAAAUGUCCCUAAUGUGUAGCUCAUUUUUCAGCUUCUUUGUCACUAACAUGUAACUAAGCUGUGGCUAAGUGUUGCUGACAUGUUACUAACGCGUGGCUAAAGUGUGACUAACAUGUGUCUAGCGUUUGGCUAUUAUGUAGCAAAGGUGCGGCUAACAUGUCAGUAAUGCAUGACUAACGUGUCAAUAACGCCUGGCUAGUGUGUGGCUAACAUGUCACUAACACAUGUUAAUGUUGUGGCUAACAUGUCAAUAAUGUGUGGCUAGUGUGUGGCUAACGUGGUGGCUAUCGUGUCAAUAACAUGUCACUAACCUGUAGCUAACAAUUCUAAUGCGUGGCUAAUAUGUGGCUAAAAUGUCACUAACACAUGGUGGCUAACAUGUCAUUAACUUGUGGUAAUGUGGUGGCUAACAUGUGGCUACUGUACAAAGCAGAUGUGGCUGAUGUGGUAGCUAUCAUGUCAAUAACAUGUUACCAAUGUGUAGUGAACAAGUCAAUAACGCCUGUCUAGUGUGUGGCUAAUGUGGUGGCUAUCAUGUCAAUAACAUGGCACUUAUGUGUAGUGAUCAAGUCAAUAACUUGCGGCUAAUGUGUGGCUAACAUGUCACUGACGUGUGGUAAUGUGGUGUCUAACAUGUAAUUAACUCUUGGUAAUGUGCUGGCUAACAUGUCUUUAACUCUUGGUAAUGUGGUGGCUAACUUGUCACUAACUCGUGGUAAUGUGGUGGCUAACAUGUCACUAACUCGUGGUAAUGUGGUGGCUAACAUGUCACUAACUCGUGGUAAUGUGGUGGCUAACUUGUCACUAACUUGUGGUAAUGUGGUGGCUAACAUGUCAUUAACUCGUGGUAAUGUGGUGGCUAACUUGUCACUAACUCGUGGUAAUGUGGUGGCUAACAUGUCACUAACUUGUGGUAAUGUGGUGGCUAACAUGUCACUAACUCGUGGUAAUGUGGUGGCUAACUUGUCACUAACUUGUGGUAAUGUGGUGGCUAACAUGUCAUUAACUCGUGGUAAUGUGGUGGCUAACUUGUCACUAACUCGUGGUAAUCGUGGUAAUGUGGUGGCUAACUUGUCACUAACUCGUGGUAAUGUGGUGGCUAACUUGUCACUAACUUGUGGUAAUGUGGUGGCUAACAUGUCAUUAACUCGUGGUAAUGUGGUGGCUAACUUGUCACUAACUCGUGGUAAUGUGGUGGCUAACAUGUCACUAACUUGUGGUAAUGUGGUGGCUAACAUGUCACUAACUCGUGGUAAUGUGGUGGCUAACAUGUGGCUACUGUACAAAGCAGAUGAACUCAGAAGAUCAAGUACAGGUCAGGAGAGGUUGUUUGGAGUGUUGUCUGAGACCGGGGCCCUCUCCUGGGUGGGGGUGCUAACUGCUAGUUUAUUGUGAGUAUAAAAGAAGCUAAGCCUCAAGACUCAAAAGUGAGGAUGAGUUGUUCUUCUAGAGGAGGCUUGUAGGGGAUCUUCUGCUCCUUGGAAUGUGAUGGGAUGCCAGCUGGUGGUCCAAGGGGUCUAGAGACUCUGGGGAAUAGAACCUGACCCUGAGCCACCAGGAGGGCAGGAGUCAUUUAAAUCUUGUACUUCUUUUUGUUCUCCAGCGCAUCCAUCAGCGCCGUUUGCUGGUCAAUGUCCGGCGAGUACGUGGUCAGCGUGGACAAGCGGGGACGGGCGGUCCUCUGGAGCGACAUCUGAAGCGAGCGUCUAUCACAGCAGCAGUAGCUAGCGUGCAAUACCGCACACGACCACUGCUUUGGAACAAAAGCACGUUUUUAUAUCGCUCAUUUGUUAUCAUCAACAAUCAUGACGACAUUGACACAGCGCCACCUUUUGGCCACUAAUGAGCGUUGUCCCAACUACCUCAUGUAGGAAUGAAAAUGAAUAGAGUUCUUGCUUGGACUGGGAUCAAUCAUUUUGUUUUGUUUUUUAAUAACAUUGAGCUUUUUAUAAGGUAUUUAUUUGUUUAUUGUCACCUUUUAUGACUUUUUACUUUUUUUUGAGUUUUUAAGAAACCACGUUUGAAGCAAAUCAAUAAAAGAAAUAAAUCAAGUCAAUUUGUUCUUAUUUUUCAUAAGAAGAGUAAGUCGCCGUUUUAUGACGGAGUAUUAUUAGUAUUAGACGGAGUAUUAGUAUUAGUUGUAAAUUUACAAGAAUAAAAAAAGUUAAUUUACGACUUUUUUUCGUGAUAAAUUUAAGAUUUUUUUCACAUAAAUUUACGAGAAAAGACGUUGUAAAUUUACGAGGGACAAAAAUAAUCGUAAUGUUACCUUUCCCCCAAGGCCAAAGGUCACAUAAGUCACCCCUUGUCAUAGCUGUCUCAGGCUAUGCCUGUUACGACGGAGAUUUCGAGAAAAAAGUCAUAACAUUACAAAACUAAAGUCGCAAAUUUAUGAGAAAAAACUCAUAACUUUAUGUUACAGCAUGUGGAGGGGGCGGGGUAAGGAAGGUGGACGUGAAAAGGGCUAACAUGCUAAUCUGUUUGUGCUCAACUGCUCUGUUUUGCUGCCACGUUAUAAAUAAAAGCUUGCUUGAAGCAAGAGGAACGUUUCCUUCCUUCCUGAA